AUGCCAUUGACAAAGCAUCGUCCCGACGCAGUGGAUGCGGAGGGCAGCAACAGACCUCCGCUUAAAGGAGUCCAGACAGAUGACUUCAAUCACUUCACCGGAGCUCAUGGAGCCCACGGAGCCGAAGACCUGAGCUUGGAGGAACAAACUGCUAUCCUACAGGCCAUGUCACUCGAGUCUCCUCCUGGCUUCGAGUCUCCUCAUCCAUCUCCCGGAAUUGUUCAAUCACCGACGAGCCUUUCGACUUUCAGCGUCCAAAGUCCUGGCACAACAUCCAUACCGUCAACCCCUCUCACACCUAUCUCCCCAGCCGCUACGAAUCCCUCCCCAUCUCAGUCAAAAUUUGUAUCAGCCUUACAAGAUGUACGACAUUUUGCUGGUGGCUUGAUCAGUCAUCCCUACGAGUCCACCAAGCACUACACGAUCCUACGGCAUUCCUUUGGCAUAGUAUACUACAGCGGGUCGUCCACAAAUCUAGCCAUCACAAUCUUCUCCGAUAGGGAGCUACCUCCCGACCGGACUUUGUGGUUACAGCGAAGAGGCUUCUCCGGCAAGACGGGUCUGAAGAUCGGGGGCUUACUAGGUGCCAGAAGCACCUGGAUUGAUGUGACGCCAUCCACCAGGGCAAUGCCGGAGCAGGUCAAUCCCACUGACGAACGCGCGUGGCAGAGAGACAUCAAAAAGUUUUUGAGAAAAGCUCCAAAAGAGCUUCGAGCUCAUCGACCACGGGAAACGGAUAUCCUCCGUAUUCCUUGCGAUGCCGACGAUGGCUAUCUGAGGGUGGUCCUAUGCUCUGCUGAUGGAAAGCGGACGCUCUGUGGUAGCCCGGUGUUCCGACUGGCGUCCUCAUCAACGGACUCAAGUGUGAUCAGAGGCUCGUCCCUCAAGACCAUGCCACUUGAGGCAGGCAUCAGAUUAGCAGCAGCUGUCGGAAGACAAUUCGUCACGGCGACUGCUGGCCCAUUCGUCGAAACUGCGCGGGAAACAGUAACAAACCAACUGACGUCGGUCUAUCAACCAAGUGCAGUCGCCCAGCAGGUUGCUACCACCGCUUACGAUCAGAGUGGCGUACAGGAUCGCUUUGACAACAUGAAUGAGCAGUAUGACACCACUCGAGAUGAGUCUUAUACCCGGACCCAGCUGGAUGGGUACGAUGCCUUGGGUCGCCCAGACGUUGUCGGACCUCCAUCCGGUCCAGUGCCACCAUUUCCCGUUCGGUUUCACGGAAAGGUGAUCGCCGGCACCGGCAGGAGUAGAGUAACCUUGAACAUGCCGACGGCUAACUUGACGGGCGUCCCUGAGGAUGUUCUUUUGCGGUACCAGGGCGUGUUCUUUGGUUGGGCUGCAGUAACCCUUCCCAGCAAACUUGCUGCAGAGAGGAACAUCUCAAGUGAAUGGCAUCAAGCAAUUAUUUACAUCUCGCCAGACCCAUAUGGAAGGAGAAGUGUGGUGGAAAAGAACACUGUUCGACUUUAUCUGAUCCAUGAUUUCCAGUCGGUCGACUUCUUGGACGCUAAAGUGUCGGUCCUGAUGAUGGGUUACUUGCGAGCUCUCGAGCUAGAGUCCGACCAAAAUCCGGACGUUGAAGCACAACAGUUUGACUUCUACAAAGAUGUCGCCGUGACGAACGCAAGCUUGGCCCGAUCCGCCUGGGCAGCGGAUGCCACAUUAGAGCGCAUCAAGUCGGCGUCGUCCAAUCGAUCUUUGACAGAACGAUACGUCGAUUUCAGGCAGAGUACACAGAGACAAAUUGACCGAGUCCCUGUUCAUCGGUUGGGAGUUCGGACAGAUGGAGCGACCAUGAAGGACAGAUUGAUUGGAACUGGUGGAGUAUGGAUUCCAAGGUCACCUUUAACGCAUACCGCUACAGCUUGA